AUUUUUAAUUUGAACAAACCCAACUAAACAAUAAACCCUAUUAACCCAACAACCGUCCCCUCUCUCCCAAACACCACCCAACAGGCCAACAGCCGCCACCUCCCUCCCCAACACCACCCGACAGCCACCCUAUUGAUGUGGGUUUGUCAAUUAAACCAACUACCUUAAAAGACAGAUUUAAUAGGAAAGAGCAACCAGCUAAGUAAGUUUCUUUAAAGCUUCGGCGGUGAGUUUUUGUUCGACACCAACACACCUCCCGCCAACAACUAAUUGCUCGGGAGGAAUUUGGUUUUGGAUUGAUGGAUACAAAAAUAAUGGAUAGCGUACACCAAAAUGAUUUCUUGUUUUGUGAGAUAUGUGGAAGCAUGCUUACUUUUGAUUCCAAAAAGUAUGUUCAUUGCCAACUUUGCAAGUUCAAAACGAAGACCAAAGAUAUCAUUGGAAAGGAAAUAACAUAUACAGUGAGUGAAGAGCAAAUUAGAAGAGAUCUGGGGUUGUCCUCGAUCGAGAUUUCUGGAGAAAGAACGAGAUCAACGGAUUAUAAUGUAACGUGUCCAAAGUGUUCAAACAAGGGGGUAUACUAUCACACACAACAGACCAGAUCUGCUGAUGAAGGUCAGACCAUGUUUUAUAACUGCCCCAACUGUGGCCACAACUUCACAGACAAUACAUGAAGGACCAAUGUAUUACCCAGCCCCUCCACUUCUCUUAAAUAGUCAGCACCUCCAAGUUUUCCCAAUAUGCCCUUUAUUUCGAUCGAAAAAGAUAUAUGUACUUUGGGUAUCCGUAAAGUAAACAGUUAUACGCCGAGUUGAUAACACUGUAAUUUGUGGGUAUUUAUUGAUUUUGGUGUUUUGCUUUUUUCCCCAACUAGUCCAUGUCCGAGUCUUUUGUCGCACAAAAUCGACUUAGUUCAGCCCCCAAUGUCCUUGCAAGAGUUGGCAUUUGAUCUGUUUGUUUAUGUUCUUUUGAAUAUUUUAUACAGUUUAGUUUUAUUCUUA